AUGGAGCUGAAGAAGAAGCUGUUCAAGCUGGGGCUGGUGUUUCACCUGGAGCGGAGACUAAGGCACCACGUGGAUGGGGCUGUGAUAGACGAAGGGCUGAUCAUAUGGAAACAUCUCAAGAAGCAGGUGCACGUGCCAACAUUACCGUGUGGGAAGAGGCGCAGAAGACUCCCCCAUCAGAGCCAGCUUGCCCAGGAAGAGAAAGUGGCCAUGAAAGUGGAAGCCCCUCCCAAGCAAGCCAGGACUAG